AUGGAUCCCCACAAACACACACUUUCCCAACAAGGUGAGAGUUUCAUUAGCGUGGUUUCCAUGCGCGGCGGAGAAAAUGGACGUGUGAGACGCCAGAGACUGCUAGUGCAGAAAGGUUUUCGUCUUGGCACGGAUUAUCCGGUGGGACUCACGAUCCUGGCUGGUGUAUGGAGAUACUGGCAAACUCACACGAUGCUUCUUCAUACUGCAUUCUUGACACUGACAUUUGUGGGGUGUCAGCUCAAAAUCUGCUAUAGUGCUGUAUCAAAAGCCGGAGGUACUUGGUCCACAGGUGGAAUACCUACUGAUCCAUUCCAGUAUCGCCUCUGCUAUACUACACACUCUUGCCUUCGGACAGCCUUUCCCGAUCAGUACAUCCUAAAAGCAACUGUUCAACGACCCUGUGGUUCCCCUCUGCGGCUACUUUCGGGUUCUAAAAACAAAAAAAAACCAACAAUUUUCCGACUCUUCAUUUCGCUCCGUUUUUUUCCUUUUUCUUCUCACAAGGUUGCUUGGCAAGUCAGCCAAGUGUGGAGUGGCAUACAACACACGAUGGGGAAACGAGCUGGUAUUUCCCGGUGA